AUGCUUGAAAACUAUGAAAGCAUUUACAAAGACUACUCUGAAUAUAAAAUUAAUGAUAGAAUUGGCGAAUAUAUAGCAAUUGAAACUACAACUAACAAAGAUGAUGAUUUAGUAAUCACUGAGAUAAGAAAACUGCUCUUUAUGCAUUCUAAGUGUUCAUAAGUUAGAGGAUUCUCUGAUAAGCAUGAUGAUGAAGGCUAUGACAUGUAUGAUGCAGUUACAAUUGUUAAUCAUGUUCAAGAAUUAUUGUUCGCACCAAAUUUUUCAAGAUUCAUAGAAUAUGAUACUGAUGAAAAAGUAUUUAAAAUUUAGUUACUUAAUUUGGAUUCUUCUCAUAUUUACUUUAAUCGAGAGGUCAAAUAAGAUACUUACAUGGAGUCUGACUACUUCAACAUUAUUAGUCCUCAUUAAACAACUAUAAGGAAUCAUUAAAAGUCCAGCAUUAUAAGAGAAAGUGAAGGGAAAUUUACAAGGUUGAUCUCUGAAAGCAUUAAAGAGUACCAAUUUGAAAAAGCAAGCUAUAUUGAAAAAAUAAUACACAAAAAUUUCUCUACAGUAAUUGUAGAUAUACCCUUGAUUUCCCUAACAAAUAGAUUCAAAUUUAUGAAAAAUUGUCCUUUAAGUGGGAAUCAAAACUGGCCUUUGAUCUUUUGUUGUGAUUAUUCAAUAGGAGUAAUUAUGGAUAGUUAUAUAAUUAAGAAAUAUGCAAUCAAUGAAUGCUAAAAUAAUCUACUCGAAGUUCAAACAUUAGUGGAAUGGAGUACACUGUAACAAAAAUAAUUAUUUGCAAGCGAGCCGUCAAAAAUUUAUAUCAGUCAUGGAAUUUUUUUCUCAACUGACAUGGUCAUUAAAAUUGAUAGAGAGAAUGUUUAAAAUCUUUAAGGCCUGCUUUAUAAAAAAUAUAUCAAUAAAAGAAGAUAGUAAAAUGUCUAAAUUUAUCCUGUUAAAUUUGAUGUUGAGUAGCUCUAAUCGAUAGAAUUUAGUGACGAUUUAAGCUCUAAGAUAGGAGAAUAUUUAGUUAGAAGCAAUAAACGUUACCAGAAGCGGAAAAGAAUAAUAUUUGACUUCUCAAUAUUUGAUUGGCUAUUAGCAUCUAAACUCAAGGACAUUUAUAAGACUGUUGAUAUUCCAUAUGAUAUAUUGAAAAGUGCUUGCUUAGCAAUAUUCCCUUACAAAAGAUAGAAUAUCCUUUUUUAUUUAAAGGAAAUUCCUCUCAUGUAAUAUGUUUAUGGUAGACUCUAAAAAUACUAUGAGGAUGAAGGAGUAGAUUGUCCAUAUUAUAUUCCCUUUCUAAAGGAUUCUGAUGGAAAAACACCUCUUCAUUAUUCUUUGUCAAAUGCAAAGCUUACUGAUUAGUUUUUAAAUUAUUUGGCUGAUUAUCCUAUUUCGUACUGCUCUUAAAAUAUUUAGGAAAUGAUACCUUACUUAAUAAUUAAAGGACUCUAAAAGACAAACUAUUUUCUAGACAAGAGAUUCAAAAUGACUCCAAUGUUAAAGAAUUUUGAUAGAGAAAGAUUGAGAAUAUUGAAGGAGAUUGAUUUUUCAUUUACAGGAACUAAUACCUUCUGGUUUGAUUAGAAAUAAACUAUUGAAUAAAAUCAAGAUCUUUUUGAUGAAAAUGAAAUUCAGAUCCCAACUAAAGUAAUGGUGCUAGAUAUCCCAAAUGUGAUUAAUCAAUCUUAGAAUAAAGACCUUAACAUUUUCACUGCAUUAAGAACUACUGAAUAGAUGGAAAUAUUUGAAUCUGAAGCAGUAAGAGCUAUUAUUGAGUAUGCUUGGCCAAUCACAAGAAAAGCAAUCAUUAAAUGGAUGAUGAUACCAAGUAUGGUCUUUCUAGUUUUCUUUAUGUUUUACACUGGUAUUGUGUUUCCUGUUAUUGAGGAUUGCUUUGAGAAAAGAUCUUAAAGUAUUUCUCAUGAAGAGACUCUAAUAUGCUAGUUUAAUUCUGUAUUGAAUAACACCUCUAAGAUAAUUAUCCUUUCUUUUUUAGUCUACUUCUUAGCUAUUGAAAUUAUCUAAGCUUACAAGGAUGCUAGAAUAUAUUUAUCUUCUCCAUGGAAUUAUCUAGAUAUGAUUUCGAUUAUUUUUGUACUUCUAACCUUAAUAAUAGACUAUAUGGAUAUCGACACUGCUAUUUAGAGACCCUUAUAUGCUAUAGCUACAUUAAUUGUAUGGCUAAAAUCCCUUUAUUAUCUCAGAAUAUUUAGAAAUGUAGGUUAUUUGACUAGUAUGAUUAUUUAAGUCGUCCAAGAUAUGGUCUAUUUUUUCAUUAUAUUAAUGAUGACGCUAUUUGCUUUUGGAAAUUCAUUCUUUAUUUUGUCCUAAGCUAAUCCUGAUAGAGAGAGCAGGUUUAUAAAAACUUAUCCUGAAGGACUCUCCUUUACAUUUAGAUUGCUCCUUGGAGAUUUCGAUACUUAGAAAUUCGAUGAUAGUAAUGAGAUAAUUUUAUGGGCUCUAUUUACAACUGCAUCAAUAUUUUUAAUUAUUGUGCUAUUAAAUUUACUGAUUUCUAUUAUUUCUGAGUCUUACAAUAAAAUUCAACUGAAUGCAAAAAAUAGCAUGUACAAAGAACUAGCUUCUUUAAUUUAUGAUAAUUACUUCCUUACUGAUUAUGAACUUAAAUCAGAUAAGUACAUUCUGAUUGCGAAACCUGAUUGCGAGUAUAUAGAUGACAUUAUUGAGGAAAGGGCUUAGGUAAUAUAGCAAGGAGGAGAUACUUCGUAGAAAGAAGAAUAAGAAUAGAUUGUCUAGAGUAUUAGUAAAUUGCAAGAGGAAAUUUCUGAGAUUAAAGCCAUAUUGAUAAAGUAAGGUUAGUAGCAAUACUAGUUAUUCAGAGAUACUAUAACAUCAGCAAACAAGAAAGAUAAUUAUCACCACGAUAACGAUUUAUAGAAAGAUGAUAACAGAACUUCUUUGCAACCAAGAGUAAGUGCUACAGGUGCCAGAGUAAGCUUUGGUUUUGGGGAAAGUAUAAUUCGCCAUCCAAGUUAAAAGAGGAGAAGAGGAACUCAUAACUCAGGUAAUGAGACUAGAGGGCCAAGUACCAUUUUUUAAGAGCAUGAUUAAGCGGGUUUAUUUAGAAGAAAAAAUACUAUAAUGAAGCAAAAGAACUUUGACAUAUUUCAAUGA